UUAUUUUUUAAAUAAAUCAACUAUAUUGCAAACCAAAGGCAAAAGAACCGCAGCAACAGCAAGCGGAAACCUUAGCAAAGAGGAAAACAGGAAGAGCAAGAGGAAUCCCCCACAAAGCAGAAACAAAAGCAACAGCAGAGACCCAGCGACAGCCACAGAACAGAAUCAUACGCAACCAUGCUUGUACUCAUAGCCGUGCUGUUUUUUAAUGCCUGCCUGGCGGGCACCAUUCCCGCUACGCCGGAGAACAUAACCGUAACCUUUCUGACGCCCACUGCGGUACGGGUGUCAUGGCAAACGCAAAUCGAAAUGAAGGCACAUCCCAUCGAGAAGUACAUCGUGACGUACAAGCCGACAGACGACAGUUACAGGGUUGUACAGGACGUUGCCGGUAGCAGCGAGGCCAUUGUCCUGGAUCGACUAUUGCCCAGCACACAGUACUCCCUGGUCGUGACGGCCAUCUGGCAGGGCAAGAAGUAUCGCAGCAGUGGCCAAAUCAAGUUCCGGACCCUGGAUCUGCCAAGGAACACCACAGAGCUGGACUUUUCGCCUGGCAUCUUUGGGAACGGCAAUGGCAAUGGCAGUGGCCGGAACGCAACGGGAAACGGAAGCAUCUUUGGCGAUGAUGUGACCUCCACGGCCACCAACACAUUGACGCACAGCAUUACCCGGGAGUUGCCCACUAUACGCGGUGUGGAAAUCGGCAUUGUGCUGAUCGUGCUGAUGGUGUGGGCCGGCGCCAUAGCUCUGUUCUUCAAUCGAUGGGGCAAGAUCCGGAUGCUGCUGCCCUACCAACCGGACUACAAGCACGAACAGCUCAAGGUGCCGGGCACGGGGUGUGCAGCGCCGGCGGCUGCAAUGGCCAGCACUCGCAUCAGAACCUACACCCCGAUUUCUUUGUCAAGGUAUUCAAAACUAACAAAUUCUUCAAACUACUUGCAAUAUGUAUGAACCAAAAUAUUUUUGCAUUUAAUUAGCUUUUUUCUAUGCAUCAAACUCAAGUAAACAUUUGACUCUUAUAGA